AUGUUGACCCCAAAAGGAAUCUCUGCCGUGUGUCACCUCCUCGACGUGGGGAGUGGCUUGAAACUCUUCCCCUUCGAUUGGGAUUCGCAAGAAAAGUGUGUCAAAAGGGCCGGAAGACGACACCGUUUUUAUUUCAAAAUUCAUAAAUUUAUCAACCUUUUCAUGAACGUUUUGGCCGCCGGGAGACUGAUGCAGGCCAUGAGUCGCGGCUACUUUCCCCUCGUGUUGCGAAUUCUAAAUACCGUUUGGCUCAUGGCGUACACCCUGACGACGCUCUGUCUCGUCCAGUUCGAGACGAAGGAGGGAGAAAUACUGCAAUUUGUGAAUUGCUUGUUGAGCUACGUGAGGAGAACGAGUAUUCGGAAAAUUAAUUCCGAUAAGUUGCCCUCAAUUCCAGAAAAAUCGGACAGAAAUUUUGACGAAAUGACGGAAUCCUACGAGCAGAAGAAGCUAAGCUAUUACAUAUUUUUCGGGAUGUUAAUGUUGGCCGGAAAUCCGUUUGUGCACAUUUUGCUAGUUGACGAGAGUCCCUGCGCCCCACAUUUCGUGAGCUCCUUCUUCCUCCCGUGCGAAGGGUUCAAGAAUUACUACAUCCCCCUCCUGCAUAAAGUGCCCUUCAUGGCGGCCGAGUACUACUUGACGACGGUCAUCUUCUUCUCCUGGUCGUUCAAUUGGACCAUCAUAUUUUUGGGGAUGUCCUGGAUCGUGGCGGAAUUGAGGAGAAUGUCGUUCGCCUUAUCCCGAGGUGAAAAAUCCUCCGUGCAUCAGUACCGUUCCAUCGAGUGCAUCGCCACCUUAAUGAACGACGCUUUUGUGACGUACCUCUCCACGUUUCCGAACCUUCUCUUCGCCAUCGUGUCCAUCCUGAUGUUCGGCGUCAUACGCAUUUGGCACUACGACCCCGGAUCUAAUCUCAUGUUUCCACUGUGCGGGAUCCGGUGCGCGUUCGAGGCCAUCACCCCGCUCGCGGUGGCGGGCGACGUGAACGACCAGAACAAGGAGGUCGUCGCCAAGUGGAAGCAGGGCGUCGUGGCGCGGAGGGCGUCGAACAGGGCGAAAAAGGAGGCGAUCGCGUACCAAAAGUCGUUCCACGCGGUGCGCUGCACGGCCGGGUCGUUGUACACGUUCGAAAACUCCAUCGUUCUCUGCUGUCUGAAUAAUUGUAUGCAGUUGACGCUCAAUUUGUUCCUCACCUUUAAAUAGAGAGAAGGUCGCACUUAACUUGAUGCUGAAGAUAAUGAUAGUUGUGCGAAUUUUUUUUGCACUGUUUUUCAUGAUUUAGCAACAAUUUUAAGCAUUUCUUGGCGUUCACAUCUCGAAAUUCUACAAUAUACACAACUCAGGCUCAAAUUGAUCCACAAUUUUAAAUAGUGAGUUGAGAUUUUUGUAAUGAGAAAUUUAAGAUGUUAGGGAAUUUAUUUUUAUGCAAAAAAUUUCUAAGAAUUUUGUGGUGAUAGUUUUAAGAAUUUUGAACGAGUCGCCACUUAAUAUGUAAUUAAUUGCGACCAAGUUUUUGCACUAUUUUUCACAAUUUUUUCCAAUAAUUUUAAUCGAUAAUCAUGUCGUCCUCAUCUCGAAGUUCUGCAUGAUGUGCAACUCGGAGUCAAUUUGUUCCUCACUUUUAAGUAGUGAGUUAAGAAUUUGUUAAAUUUAAGAAUUUUGUGUUAAUAGUUGUAAGAAUUUUGGGUGAUAAAUUAAAAUUUGACCAGUUUUAUGCACGAUUUUUUAUGAUUUAACAAAAAUUUUGACCGAUUACGGCUUUCACAUCUCGAAAUUCUGCAAGAUAAUAUCUAACCCACGCUGAAUUUGUUGAGGUCACUAAAGAAUCUAAUCUACAUAUUUGUUACAUUGACAGUUGUAAGAAUUGGGGAUGAGAGAGUGACUCACGAAAUAAAUUGACACAUGUGGCCACCUUGA